CCAAGAGGACAAUUCAAUUGUGCUCGCGGUGGAGGAAUAAGCGCACAAAGCGCCCGCCCAAAAGGGCAACCCGUGACGUCAAUAUUUUGUGUUCGCCAAUCUGUUGCCAGUCGUGGGGACAGUGGAGGCGACAGGCGACCAAAUCGCUGCCUGAGGUUUUAGCAGGGAUUUUUCAUCGCUCGUCGGUUUCCAAAGCUGCUUAAAUCCUCGGCUUCCCUGCUGCCUGCGCGCAGUUUCGCUCUCACUCUCGUUCAGUUCGCGCGCCGCACAGCUCCUCGCAACAUCGCGCGUCCUCACCUCCUGACACUCGCAAGAAAGAUUGCCACUGUUACCGAAAAUGUCGGACUCGCGGCCGAAAGAUGAAGCGCAGCAAGACGAGGAGGAAGACGUGGUGGCCGACGUGAUCGGCGAAUUCGGCUCUUGGCAGUUGCGGCUGACCUUCUUGCUGGCAAUGUUCAACAUCCCCAGCACGUGGCACAUCAUGGCCUACACCUUUCAGAGUCUCGAGCGGCCUUUCUGGUGCGCGCGUUUCGACUCAAUCAGAGACUUUGUCACGCCGGACAUGUGGAGGAACGUCAGCCAACCCGGUAACAGCUCGUGCGAAAUUUGGAGCGAUUUGAACGAGACUUUAUUUACGAGUGGAACGCCUUGGCCGCCUUCCGGUAUGCCCGUUAGUGAAACUUCCAGACCGUGCACCCAGUGGGAGUACGACGAGCGCAAUGGCACAACCCUUGUGGCAGAGUGGAACCUGGUUUGCGACCGUGCCGUGCUUGUGAAUGUUGCCGAAAUGACCUUCCUGGCUGGAGUCGCCAUCGGUGGACUGGUCUCCGGCAUGAUUUCCGACAAAUUCGGCCGCAAAAGAACGCUGCUCAUUUCGAUUUUCGCCCAAAUCGUCUGUGGCACCGUGAUAUCAUUCAAUCCGUGGUUCGAGCUCUUCCUGGUCAUCCGAUUCUUCCUCGGCUUUGUCUCCGUCAGCGUUGUCUUCAGCGCAUUUGUUUUGUGCAUGGAGCUCGUCGGCGGCAAGUGGCGGACGAUUUCUGGCGUUUCGUAUCUCUUCCCAGUGCCUCUGGGGUACAUAACUGUCGCUGGCAUCGCUUACGUUGUGCGCGAGUGGAGAAUUCUCCAGCUUACCGUCACUUUACCUGCCAUCACCUUGCUCGCGGCGAUCUGGGUAAUUCCUGAGUCACCACGAUGGCUGCUGGCUAUGAGGAAGCAAGACAAAUUGAUGGAGGUCCUUAAAAGGGCAGCGGCCUCUAAUAAGCUGCCCAUCCCCAAUGACCCGGAGAAAAUUCUCGCCAAGGCGCCACCCCAGGAGAAGGGAAAUGAAGGCGUCGGCGUGACCACGCUCUUCAAAACUGCCCAGAUCCGCAAGAUUUCGCUCGUCCUCUAUGUGGUGUGGUUCGCUCUCUACAUGGUCUACUAUGGUCUCGUGCUUAAUCUCGCCAGCAUUGGUGACGAUAUCUACCUCAAUACAGCAAUUUCAGGGAUCGUUGAAAUUCCUGCGAUCGCGAUCAGCAUGUUGUUGCUGCUGAAGUCAGGCCGAAAGUUGCCCCUGUGCAUUGUGACCGCCAGCAGCGGUGUCUUCUGCCUGCUAGUGAUCGCGGUUCCCGCUGAUUCUCCCUCUUGGGUCGUGGUGACCCUGGCCAUGGCGGCCAAAUUCGCGAUUUCCUGCUCCAACGCCAUCCUCCCCAUCUUCACCGCCGAGCUGUUCCCCACUGUGGUGCGCAAUGUGGGCGUCGGUUCGUCCAACGUUGCGGCCGGAAUCGCCCUGAUGAUCGUGCCCUAUCUUUGGAAUUUGUCGACGGUUUACGACAAGUUGCCGUUUGUUGUGAUGGGAGUUUUAGGCGUGGUUGGAGGCCUCAGCGUCUUGUUGUUGCCGGAAACCGCGGGAAGGCCAAUGCCAAACACUGUGGAAGAUCUAGACCGGAGGGGAAAUAAUGCUAAAAAUGAUGCUCCCGUCAUUCGUUCCUCUGCUAAAAAGACCGUCAAGAUUGCGGCGAUUAGACCGCCAUCGUACAGGAAAAAGAGCGACAGCGAAUAUUAUUAAUCUGACGAGCAAGAUGACGUUUCAAAUUGUAAUUAGAUAUUAUAGUAUUGCUGGCUUGUGGUUACCAAGAUACCAAGAGCACAAAUUUUAUGUAAUUCUAGUUUAAUUGAUUUUUUCAGUUAUUUAUUGAGCUUGAGUGUAGUCAUCGAAUGCUUGAAAAACGAAUGUGAUAUGUGAAAAUGUUGAUGAUUUGGAUGUUUAUACGGUAAUUAAAAUAAAUGUCCAAAAGUUCCUGAAAUCUCAAUGUCCAGAAUUAUGACAUUCUGGCCUCUUAUAACUUUUAUAACAUUUUUCUUACUUCUUUGUGAGGUGUGAUUUAGAUUUUAAGCUAAUAAAAAGAUAAGGCAAUAAAAGUACAGAUACGAAGAGAAUGUUUAAUGUCGUAACAAAAUAUUUGUACUUUUUUAUUAUUAAACAGAAACGCAUUUCUAAAUGCA